UUCUAUUCACAUAUAAAAGCACUUAAAGAGAAACGGAUCAGAGAGAGACAAAAACAAGGAGAGAAGAGAACACGAAGAAAAAGAAAAGAAAGAAGCUUACAAUGGAGAUCUUAUCACAGCUGUGGUCGUUGUUGGGGCUUCUCACAGUCCUUCAGAACGUCCUGCCUUCACAACUCCUCUCUCUGCUUCACUCCUUCUACGAGUCCCUACAAGAUUUCUUCAGUCCAUACUCUUACUUUGAGAUCCCUGAGUUUAAUGGCUACUGCGGCGUCGAUGUCAACGACCUCUAUCGCCAUGUCAACCUCUACCUCAACUCCAUCGACCCUUCUGCAACCUGUCGUCGCCUCACUCUUACUCGUUCCAAGACCUCCAACUGCAUCUCCUUCACCGUUGCACCCAAUCACACCGUUCAUGACUCUUUCAACGGUCACCGUGUCUCCUGGACACACCACGUCGAUACCGUACAAGACUCACUGGAGGAGAAGCGCAGCUUCUCGCUCAAGCUCCCCAAGCGGCACCGGCAGGCCCUCUUGUCGUCCUACCUUGAAUUUGUCUCUUCUCGCGCCGAGGAGUUCGAACGCGUCUCACGCGAGCGACGACUCUACACCAACAAUGGCCAUGGUUCCUACGAGUCGGGGUGGGUCUCUGUUCCCUUCCGCCACCCUUCCACGUUUGAAACUCUCGCGCUUGAGCCCGAGUUGAAGGAACAGUUAACGGAAGACUUAACGGCGUUCGCUAACGGGAGAGAUUUUUAUCACAGAGUUGGACGGUCGUGGAAACGAGGGUAUCUGUUGUAUGGGCCUCCUGGGUCCGGCAAAUCAAGCUUGAUUGCUGCCAUGGCGAAUUUCUUGUGUUACGACGUUUACGAUCUCGAGUUAACGAAGGUUUCAGAUAAUUCGGAGCUACGAGCAUUGCUGAUACAGACGACAAACCGUUCGAUCAUCGUCAUUGAAGAUAUCGAUUGUUCGCUCGAUCUAACAGCGGACCGACUCUCAAAGAGGAAAAAAUCAUCUACACCGAUGCCGGAGAGCCACCGGCGGUGCGAAGACGGAGAGGAAAACGGACGAGUCACGCUUUCGGGACUGCUUAACUUCACUGAUGGUCUUUGGUCAUGCUGCGGGGAGGAGAGGAUUAUCGUUUUCACUACGAAUCACAGGGACAAUGUUGACCCGGCGCUUGUUAGAUGUGGACGCAUGGACGUGCACGUUAGACUCGGCACGUGUGGAGUCCAUGCGUUUAAGGCUUUGGCAAAGAACUACCUUGGAGUAGAGUCUCACAUACUGUUCGAGGUGGUGGAGAGUUGCAUCAGAGCCGGUGGUGCUCUAACACCAGCUCAGAUCGGAGAAAUCCUGUUAAGGAACAGGAGAGAUGCUGAUGCAGCGAUUAAAGCGGUGAUAUCAGCUCUGCAGGAAAGUAUUUUGAGAGGAGACCGCGAUCCAACGGAAGGAUGUCCUCGGGCACCGGAAGAUGCAGCGAGAACGCCGGAGAGCGUGGACAGGAUGCUAUUGGAAUCGCCGGAAAAUUGGGAUUCUUCUCCGGGGAGAAUAGGCGGGAAGAGGAGGAAAGAGGGAUCCACAUGGGAGAAGAAAGUAAAGUUUCUGGUGCGGCUAAAAUCGUUGACCAAAUCGGACUCCGGGAGGAGAGGUGUCUAACUCUAAAGUCUAGCCCUCUCACUCACGAGCUCAGUCACUCUCUCUCUCUCUUUGUCUCUCUGUAUGCUGUGGCCUGAGGCGAUAGUGCAGGCUUUUCCUCUUUUUCUUUUUUAUUUCUUGAGAACGGAGAGCCCCACCUUUUGACCGGGGAUUUUGGGUUCUCUGUAACAACAAUUGGAUUACCAGAGAAAGAGCAGAGAUGAAGAAUGAGAUUGUGGAAUGAUGUAUGUAUGAUGGCUAUUGAUUAAUAAUAAGACCAAACAACUGAGAUGGAGGUGGAGGGUAGUAAUGAAUGCCAUGCACGUAGCCAAUUGAUGGAUCACUGUUCAUGCGGUCAUGCACUGUGAAGAGUGAAGAGAACGUAAUAGAGAGGUGCACCGGCGACCGGCCGGUCCCACCCAAUAUUUACUAUCAGAAACCCCACAUAGGAUAUUGAUAUAUCAUAUAUGAGAUGGGUCCUCUAUGUAUCUUUAUCUUUAUCUUCCCUAUAUAGGACAGUUUUUCUGGGUCCAUCUCUGUCUGUGUCAAAUCUUCUUCUUGCUUAUGUUUUAUAGAGUAGAGAGAUAAGAGAUGUAUGACAAGCCUAACGUGAACCCUACGUUUUUGUUUUGUGGAGAAAUGUGAAAGUAAUUGAAUCGAUGGGCUUUUCAAAUAGCUGUAAUA